AUGUCCUCUUCCUCCUCUUCCUCUUUUGGAGAAACGAACGAUUUUGCCAACGGCAAUUAUCACACGCAUCGUCAUCGCAGAACGACGAACGAUGGCAGUUUGCCGUCUUCUUCGUCGUCUUUGUCUUCUCUGAGACGCAUCCUCCACAUCAAAAACAGCGUCUUUGGGGAAAUCUCCAAAGCAUCGAACGAGACGACGAAGAAGACGAAGAAGAAGAAAAGCGAACACUACCAGCGAGUAAAAAUUAAAGGCGAUGGGCGGUGCAUGUUUCGCGCGUUGGCGUUAGGUUUAGCGCAUAUAUCGAAAUUGAACUUGACGUCCUCGGAAGAAACGAGAGAGGCGGAUACGUUGAGAACGGCUGUUUUCGAGCAAAUGUGCAGAGAGGAGGAGAAAAGGAAAGAACACGCGGAGGCGAACAUGUCGAUUAAAUACGGCGGCGAGGCGGACGGAAUCGAAGGAUACUGUCGCAGAAUUCAGAAGGACGACUUUUGGGGCGGCGAAACGGAGUUAUUGGUGCUGGCGAAACUGGUGAAACGGCCGAUAAUGGUGUAUUUACCCGCGCACAUGGCGAAGAACGCGGCGAGCGGAAGCGGGUACGUGUGCAUACAAACGUACGGCGAAGAGUACGCGAAGAAAACGAAUAAGAAGACCGGGAAGGUGACAGAGAGAGCGCCGGUGAGGCUUUUGUACGACGGAUCGGUGCAUUACGAUCUGCUCAUCUAG